CACACCAGUAUUUAUUAAUGCUAUGUUCGUUUUACUUGUUGGUGUAUACGUAUAUAAAAAUGAACGAACAAUAGCGGACAUCUCGACCACGCAUGAUGGAACAGGUGUGACAUACAUUAGAUGGGGUAAGAAACUAUGCGACGGAUCUAAUACAGAAACAAUUUAUUCAGGUCAAGUAGGUGGAGGUCACUACGCACAUACAGGGGCAAGCGUGAACUACGUAUGCUUACCUAACGACCCGGAUGUUGCACAGCCGCUGAAACCGCACUGUGAUUACGAUUUAAUAUAUGGAGCAGAAUACCAAAUUGGUGCCUAUAACCAGCCUCAAGGAAUGAGAUCUGGGAUAGAAAAUCGAGACGCUGCAUGUGCAGUAUGUUUAGCAAAAGGCAAAAUGGCAUCAAUAAUAAUACCAGGAAGAGAAACCUGUUACAAAGGAUGGACAAAAGAAUACAGUGGAAUUUUAAUGGCAGGAAAGUAUGACCACUCCGCUUCAUCAGAAUACGCAUGCGUAGAUAAUGAUGCUGAAGCUAUAAGUGAGGAUUCAAAGGAUGACAAUGGAAUUUUAUUUUAUCCCGUAAAAACAGUCUGCGGAUCAUUGAAAUGUCCGCCAUAUAAACAAGACACAGCAGUGUUGUGUGUUGUGUGUUCAAAAUAGCAAUUUGAAAAUGAGUCUUAUGUUGUGAGCUUUCUGUGUUAGCUGCAUUCAAAUCAAGUAAAGAAAUCUGUCGAUUUUGUAAAAUACACUUGUAGUCAACUGAAAUUAGCUUCAGCUACUGCAUAUACUGCUAUAUCGGUUAUGUGUGUCUAUUGUUUUAUAUGCAGCUUCCGAAGUUAUUACAAUUCUUAUGUAGCGCCUCACACCACAGACUAUAAAAAUGGGAGUGGGGGCGGGAGGUUUUGAGCCCUCAAAGAAAUAUUUAUCAGCGACUUUAUACUUGUAUUGAAAGAGUUUCUUACAAUCACCAUUUCAGUUUGACGCAGACUUUAUAUAUGUAUAACUUUAACUUUACGUUUUGAUUGAUAAAUAUGUUGGUACAGAAUGAAAAUGUUUGUCUCUGUAUAUGGUACACCCCUCUUUUUUUCGAAGAAAUGUUGCGAGUAAAUUUUUUCAUAUGCAUAUCAGUUAUAUUAAAAUCUGUGUAAAUCCUAAAGUGCAUACAUCUGAUGUCUGAAUAAAUUACCAUUUGUAUCUUGUAGUCUUUAGAAGACAGACAAAAUAGCUAAAAAUUUGUCAAAAACAAGUAUUGCAAUAAUGAUAUUUUGUGUAUUUGAAUAGGGUUUUCUUUUAUUUGGCAGCGUUUUUCUCAGGUUAAAAUAGAAUAAUUUAAUCUCCCUCAACAAUUGACGUAAAUAUAAUUCUGAAGAAACUAGUCUAACAAUCUUUCAUUUCUUUAUAAUAGUUUUUACCCAAUUUGUGUUAAUGUAAUUUUGUGUGUUCCAUAUACACGAAAAGCCAUAAUUUUGAAAUAUAUUUUUGACAACCAGUAUCCAUGUAGUCUGCAUGUUAUGAUAAACGUUCACAUGGCGAUUAAGUUAAUAUAAACGAAAACUGAGCUUGUUUUUCCGGAUAUUAGAAUUUGCCCAAAAUAAUACUGCUCGAUUUUUAUAUCUCUGUCGACCGGUUGGUGACCUAGUUCCCCGUAAACUAUAUAAUUUUGUGUUAAGAAUUUUAGAUUUAAAACUAAUUUACAGAUUUUCAUAUAUAUCAAUAUUACUAAACUUCAGUCUAGAAGAUCAAGCUGGUGUUUAACAGAAAGAAGAAACACCCGUCCCAUUCUCAGAACUACUUCGUAUAUGGCUGUUAAGGCCUUCGAUUUUCUCCUUAUCUUAAGCAAACAAGUAUUUCGAAUUACAAUUAGUAUAUGAUAUACUAGAUUAAAUAUCACGGUACAUAAUAAAUAUUACAUUAUACAUCUUACCAUUUAUA